GUUGCAUAACAAUGUAGCCCAAGCUUAUAUCUUAUGAAAUAUACGGAAGAGAUACGGACUUAGAAAAAACAGAAAUGUUGUUCUUUGUGGAAGUCAUUGAUGAAAUUCUAUGUAUUUUAGCCCGCAAACUUUCUUCAAACAAAAACAGCGCCAUCUAGUAUCGAGUUCUGUAAUUAUCUCUUUGUUUAUGGAUUUGAAGUAAGACCGCCACGCAUGCAAUACAUUAUGACUGGGGAUUCCCCUAUUCGUCGACGCUGAAUAUGAGGCGACGACAAUCACUGUCAAACGUGUUCACUAUUACUCUGACUCUGGUAACGUGACUUCCUGGUAACGUGUUAGGUAGGAAAAGCAGUAAAAAAGUGCAUAUUAAGGGAGCAGAUUUGAAAUAAUAUUUAUACUUAACAAGAAAUAAUUAAAGGUUCAAUGGGGAGACCUAAAGAUUUACGCAUAUGGGAGCACUACCGUACUUUACCAAACAAGUCUGUUUCUUGCAAGCUUUGUAAUAAGGUCUACAAAUUCAGUAAUGCUGCCAAAAUGCUUCAACAUCUUAUCACUUGUCCAAAAUCUCCAGAAACAUUAAAAGACUCUAUGAAACUUAUAAAAGAUAGCUCGUCCAAAACCAAAAUGUCUGGACUGUCAGAGAUAGAGACAAAUGAUUCUUUUAUAAGCCCCUCGUCGUCUGCUAACACUACAAUAAAUGCUGAGUUUCAAGACACCGAUGAUCAUAUAAAAACAGAAUUAGCGAGAGCUAUAUUUGUAACAGGGACGCCAUUAUCGAUGGUGCAACAUCCUUUAUGGAUACAAUUUUUCGAAAAAUUGCAACCAAAAUUUAAAAUACCUUCACGUAAAGCUUUAGCGACAAAAUACUUAGAUAAAAUAUAUAGAGAAAUGCGUUUUGAGUUAAAUGAGGAACUAAAUGCUUGUAGUUACUUACACCUUCAGUGCGAUGGCUGGUCUAAUUUAAGAAAUGAAGGAAUAAUAAACUUUCUUAUAUCAAAACCUCAACCUGCAUACGUUAAAAGUUUGAAUACAGAAAGUAAUCCUCACACUAGUGAAUACCUUAGCCAAGAAGUUGAAAAAGUAAUGAAAGUGUAUGGAGCAAAUAAGUUUCUUGUACUUAUUGGCGAUAACGCUAGAAAUAUACAAAAGGCAUUCGAAUUAACAAAACUCAAAUAUCCACAUGUUGUUCCUCUCGGUUGCUGUGCACAUAUCCUUAACUUGUUGUGCCAAGAUAUUGUAAAGAUACAAGAAGUAACUGUGUUUAUUAUGCAAGCCAUAAAUAUAAUAAAAACUGUUAAAAGGAGUCAACGAUUAAGUUCCUUGUUGAUAAAAUCAAGGCAGGGUGAAGAUUCUACACAAACACUAAAAUUGCCUUGUGCUACAAGAUGGGGAAGUCAUGUUACUUCGUUAAAAAGUUUGAAAGCAAAUAAGAUAGCUUUGCAAAUAUUAACAGUUAGAGAAGAUGUGGUAAUUUCAAGAGAUAUUAAAGAUUUAAUUCUAAGUGAUGAUUUCUGGACGAAGACAGGGGAAUGUAUAAGUAUUUUGGAACCAGUCACUGAAAGCAUAUUUUACUUAGAGAGCGACCAGAAUCGUUUGCAUCGCACAUACAUUACAUUUAGAGAUGUACAAGCUAAGAUACGUUUUGCAUUAAAUGAGAUUUCGACAUUGAGCGAAGAAAGCAAACAGCAGAUUCUAACAUCAGUAUCUUCAAGAUGCAAUAUGGCAAUGAGGCCAAUACAUUUUGCAGCAUAUAUUCUAGACCCCAGGACUCUAGGAGUCGAACUUACUCAAGAGGAAGAACUUAAGGGUAUGGAGUUUAUCUACAAUUUAAGCCAACACUUAAGUUUGUCAAAUGUAAUGGCAGAUUUGGCGUGUUAUAAAGCUAAAGAAAACUUUUGGGCCAGAGGAUUUGUAUGGAGCUCAUUAGAUAGCAUUGAGCCCCUAAUAUGGUGGAAAGGUAUUUGUGGUUCCACUGAGUUAAGCAAAGUAGCGAUUCGUAUUCUAUCAGCUCCCUGUACUUCGGCAGCCACUGAGCGUUCCUUUAGUAUCCAAGGCUACAUACAUAAUAACAAAAGAAAUCGACUUACAACUGAAAGAACUGAAAAAAUUUCAUUCAUUUGUUAUAACUGGAAUCUUAAACAUAAAGCUGAAUGCGAGGACAUUCAGUUUAAUGAAGAAAAUACCUUAGAAGCUUUCAUUGAGCAAGUAAAUGAACAUAACAGUUUAGACGAAAUAGAGCCUAUCGAACCUAUACAAUUCAUCGCUUGUAAUAACUCUGAAUCUGACAGUGAUUGACUGUAGUUUUACAUUUUACUUUCAUCUCUUUCUUAAUAAACUCAAAAUCAAAUUAAAAGUUUUUUAUUCUGUAGGCUGCAUAAUAAUAUUGUCUAUGUCCAGUAUAGUGGACGUCUUGCGGCUGAGAUGACGAUGAUGAAGUACAAAAUCAUAAACACCCAAAAAUUUGGGUGUUUAUGGGGUUUAAACCCAAUAAACCCAAAACACCCGGUUUUUACCCACCAGACUUUAAACCCACCCAGGUGGAUUGCCCAUCUCUAGACAUAUGAUGAGUUUUGGUGAGCUUUUUAG